AUGGACAUAGGAAAGGCCCCAGAAACCCCGGGCCUGGCCUUGCAGGGGUCCGCGGAGGCUGUCAGGGAGCCCACCCCUCCCGACGCGCGGCUCCCCUCGUCCCUGGCCCCUCCUCGCCUAGUUUGGGUACCGGCCUCCACAGCUGGUUUCAAAGGAAAAGCGUUGCUGCCGCUUGGCUCUUCUUUGGCUCCUCCUAGCUCUCCGCCUAAUGAGAUCAGACAAGCAGCCCGAACAACAAAGCAGCACAGCGGCCGGGACCCUUGGGUUUCGGAGGAGCGAGAGGCGCGCGGAUCCCCGGCCGAGGCCCUGCGCUGCCUGCGGCUGCGGCGCGGGUCGGGCUGGCCUCGGCUCCACCUCCCCGAGGCACCGGGCGACCCCGCAACGGGGCCCAUUUCCCGCAGCUCCGCGCCGCAGCCGCGCGGGUCGCAAGGUCCCGCAGGGGCGCCGCCUCGGGCAGGGGCCGCCACGAAGCCCGUGGGCCGCCGCGAGAUGCGGGGUCCGCGCUUUCCGGGCCCUCCGCAGCCUUCGGGAGGAGCCGGGGGAGAAGUGCGGCGAAACUUUUGGCAGAAACCACCUGUGGCUGCCGACGGGCCCGCCCCGCCCCGGCCCGCCCCGGCCCGCCCCGGCCCGCAGACGCCGCCGCGCCCGGGCCCGCACGCGCCCGCACAAGUUCCCCGCCGCCCCGCGCGCCACUUCGCUCCGGCCGCGGUGCCAGCCAGGAGGCGCGGCGCCCGCUCGCUGGCUCCCCCCUCCUCCCUGCCUCCUCCCCCGCUCCUCCCGCUGCAUGGCGGCCGCCCCGAGCCCCGAAGGGCCGGCGCAGCCCCCAGCCCCCUGCCCCCGCCGGCGCCCCGGGGCGCGCAGCCCGCCGGCCUCCUAGCACCAGCCCCGGGACGGCGCUCCGGCUGCGGCGGAGCGGAGCCACCCUGCCCCGGGAGCCCCGCGAGCCCCGCGAGCCCCUGCCCCGCCUCGGCCGCCGACGUGCGGCGGAGACCGUGA